CACGCUCAGACGCAUGCGCAGUGACGAAGGCGGCACAUAUAGUCUGUGAUACAAAUUAAACUAACGCCGAGCUACAGAAAACAACAAAGACAACAGACUUUGUUGACUCCGGUUCGGGCUAACACGCAGCUAACGCACCGGCUGGGCGGUGUUUAGCUGUGUUAGCGGUGUUAGGAGGCAGUUCGGGUGGAUGUUUAGGUUGUGUGUUUUCUCCUCAGUGGUUUCCAUCACUAAACUGUGAAAGCAGAGCGCCACAUGGAGGCGGUGCUGAAAAACCUGUCGAGCACGGUGGAGCUGCUGGCCGUGGCGGCGAACAGCGGUGCGGCGAACAGCGGUGCGGUGGAGCAGUGGGACAAACACACCAUGUCCAGGGCGUUUGAUUGGGCCCGGUACUGUGAACACGUCCACUCCAGGUUCCACAACAACCCCGCAAUAAGGAGGGUCAUGGAGCAGCAGCUGGAGCUCACAAAUCGGAGUUUACAAGAUGUCAUCCCUGGAUAUACUGAGGUCUCCUUCUCGGAUCUGCCCCGACUCCAGCACUUGUUGCUCAUCGGACUGUUAAACAAUCCUGAACUGCCCAUCUCACUCAUAAAGAUGCUCUUUGACACAAGGAGUCCCCUAGACAACAUGCAGAGUGAGUAUCAGGAUGUCACCGGGCUCUGCAGCCACAUUAUUCGGUGCAAAGCUGCUUGUAAGGUCCUGAGUCCCCUCACUGAUCUGUCAGCUGCUGGUGCUGAGGUGCAGGGACGGAUGCUGAUGGAAAGACUCGGUGCUCUGCUGAGCCGAGGCAGCGACACACGACCAGCAGAGCACUUUUUAGGCUGUGUCCUCCAGGGAUGUCAAGGAGCAGGGCGACAAUUCUGUUUAGUCAUCACUGCGGCUCUGCUGACAACAAAAAACUCAGCUGCACAAACUGCUCCACGAGAAUUCCUCUUGGACUGGCUGCAGAAUAAACACAGUGUGCUGCAGAGUUUGUGUUCUGCACUCCCUGCCACACUCCUUAUAGACCUGGCAAAAGAGCACAAUAAAUUUAGAGAUGCAUACUGUGACGUACUGAAAAAAUGGGCCUCGGAUAUGGAGUACUGCAUAAGUGAGGGUGAGUGGGUUCAAACCAGCACAAACCCCACAGUGUCCUUUCACAAACUGACAGAGAAGUUUAUGGCCUUGUUCGAGGCCUGUCCUUCUCUGAGGGCGAAUACUGAAAAAGAGCUCAAAGCUUUGAAGAUUUCUGAUGGAGACUUUGAUGUCAAGGGUCUGAGUGUGUGGGGAGACCUUCUGUCUGCAUUAAACAUGUGACUGUCAGAUUUGGGAUUUUUUUCUUACAGCUGGGAAAAAUGGCCAAAAUGAUUGUGUAAAUGUUAAUGUAAUGUUUAAAUGUUCUGUGCAUUUUUGUCAGUGGCAGAGAGUACUAUAAAUGACUGAAAACUGAA